ACCAGGCCCUGAGCAGGGCUGGAAACUUCAGCGACAGGAAGGAAACGGAGCGGUUUAUUUCAGUCUCGAGUUUGCUCGUCGAGGCAAGGCUUGUGUCUUCCGUGCGCAGAUAGCACCUCCCCAGUGAACAAUGGGGUUGCGGGGCCCUUCCCGGCAGGAAAAUGGCUUAUUCCAGUGAAAUCUCCCGGUCGGUGCUGAGUCAGCAAGUCCUGGUGGGACAGAGCGUGGUGCGGAGCGUGCCGGGUUAACCGGCCUGGUGCUGAGCGGGAGCAAACGUGCUGGGAGAGAUGGACACCUUCAGCACCAAGAACCUGGCCCUGCAGGCCCAGAAGAAGCUCUUGAGCAAGAUGGCCACCAAGACCAUAGCCAACGUCUUCAUUGAUGACACUAGCAGCGAGAUCUUGGAUGAGCUCUACCGGGCCACCAAGGAGUACACCCACAACCGCAAAGAGGCUCAGAAGAUCAUAAAAAACCUCAUCAAGAUUGUCAUGAAGUUGGGCGUGCUCUACCGCAAUGGGCAGUUCAGCCCCGAGGAGCUGCUGGUGAUGGAGCGUUUUCGCAAGAAGGUACAUACCUUGGCCAUGACAGCCGUCAGCUUCCACCAGAUAGACUUCACCUUCGACCGCAGGGUCAUGUCGGGUGUCCUGACAGAGUGCCGGGACCUGCUGCACCAGGCUGUCAACGGCCACCUGACGGCCAAAUCUCACUCCCGCAUCAACCACGUCUUCAAUCACUUUGCGGACUAUGAGUUUCUCUCGGCUCUCUACGGGCCGUCCGAGCCCUACCGCACCCACCUGAAGAGGAUCUGCGAAGGGGUUAACAAGAUGCUGGAGGAGGAGAACAUAUGAGUUGGCCAAGAUGCUCCAUUGGCAGCGCUGCCGGACUCUGCCUCCUGUGGGGCUGAAGACAGGACGUACACCUCUUGACCAUCACCAGGCUUGACGUCCUCUUCUCCUUGGUAGCGCUAACUCAUUUUCUCCUCCUUUUGACAAAAGACUGAACCUCUUAUCUUUGUCCAACCCUUGCCCAGGGUCUGCAAACCCCUCGCGGUGCUGGGCUGAGUCCUUCCCAGGGGACCCUGAGCUUUGGGCUCCUGCUGUACAGUCUGAUUCCCUUUGCCCACCAAGUGCUCUUAGCUCAGAGUCUGAGGAACUGGACUCCUCAUCUUGAACUUUUAUCGUAACCCUCCUGGGGGAAAACCAAACCAAAGAUGCGCGGAGUGUAACACCUCCAAGGUAUCUCUGAGCUGGGGGGCGGUUGCUUGGCUGAAUGGUUGUGAGACCCUGUAACCGGAGGGUUCUGGAGCCCCAUGGUUUGCUUUCAGCAGCUCCAUGGCACACUGGGAGCAAAUCAUGGUCCAGACCUUGUGCUGCCCAGGGUGGGAAGGAGCUUCUGCACCUGGCAGGCGAGCAUGAGCUUUGGCCUCCUAAAAGACAAGUCCUUGAGACCAGAAGAAUCCCACCUUGCCCAGGUGGACACAGGGACACAGCUGUCCCUCAGGGCAGGGAGGCAGCUGGAGGGAUCUGCUCCUUCCUUGCAUCCCAGUACAGCCCUUCAUCCCAGACCCAACUCCCCCAGCAGCCUCCCACGAUGGCACCGCCGUCACGGCUCUGAUGCCUUCCUUGGUGGUUGCCUGAAGUUCUCCCUAGGAUUUCAUACGUUUUACGUGUCCUUGACUGAGAUAUGGUUGUUAUUUUUUAGCAAACUCUGUAGCCCUGAUGAGUUAUUUAAAUAAACUCACCUGUCUGGC